AUAAUAACCACUCACCAACAGACUAUCCUCCCCCGUCCCCACUCAGCUUCACUUUACAAACCAACUAAGUGGUCAAGCAUAAUCUCUCUCUCCCCCUUUCCUUGCACCAGAAAUUCCAAUAAUAUGCAAUUGAGCCUCCACCAAGUCCCCCUGCUCAUUACUGAUUUCUGAAAGCAGCAGCAAUACAGACACUGCAACAUUGUCUCUAUCUCUUUGUCCCAGUGAAAGGGGAAAGAGCAGUACUAACUACAAAGGAGAAUCCGUGACUAAAAUACUUCAAAACUGUAGUCAAGAGAAGAGAAAGAGUCUUGUUUAUAUCAUCUCUAUCUAAUAGAUGGGUUUAAGGCUAUUUCUUUUCACUCUGCUCUUCUUCUUCACAAACCCAAGGUGGGUCUGUCCAAGCACAGAACUGAGAGUACUCAUGGACAUGAAAGCAGCUUUGGACCCAGAAGAUCUGUUGCUCUCUUCGUGGACCAUCAAUGGCAACCCAUGUGAUGGUUCAUUUGAAGGAGUAGCCUGUGACGAGAAGGGUCAAGUGGCCAACAUUUCACUGCAGGGGAAGGGGCUCUCUGGCAAGGUCUCCCCUGCUAUUGCAGGAUUCAAGCACUUAACUGGGCUGUAUUUGCACUACAACUCUUUGUAUGGGGAGCUACCAAGAGAAAUAGCCAACUUGACCGAGCUUACUGAUUUGUAUUUGAACGUGAACAAUCUUUAUGGGGAGAUUCCUCCUGAGAUUGGUAACAUGGCUAGUUUGCAAGUUUUGCAGCUUUGUUAUAACCGGUUUACAGGAACCAUACCCACUCAGCUGGGUUCUUUGAAGAAGCUCAGUGUUCUUGCUCUUCAGUCGAAUCAUUUGACUGGAGCAAUCCCUGCACGUUUAGGGGAUUUGGGAAUGCUGAUGAGGCUAGAUUUGAGCUUCAAUCACUUCUUUGGUUCCAUUCCCACUAAACUAGCUAAUGCUCCCCUGCUGGAAGUCCUAGACAUCCGAAACAAUACUCUUUCUGGCAAUGUACCUCCUGCUUUGAAAAGACUGAACGAGGGAUUCCAGUUUGAAAACAAUAGAGCAUUAUGUGGAGAAGGGUUUGUGGCUUUGAAAGCCUGUGACACUUCAGAUGCUCUGAAUCCUGGUAGACCCGAACCCUUUGGACCAGGUGUGACUGGCAAUCCAAUCAGAGAAAUUCCAGAAACAGCAAAUCUGCAAUUGCGUUGCAACCAAACUCAAUGCUCGAAGCCAUCAAAAUCUGGACAAGUAUCUGUUGUGGUAGGUGCAUUGGUAGUAGCAGUUGCAUUAGCAGCUGUGGGAAUUCUGACAUUCACACAGUAUCGUCGAAGAAAACAGAAGCUUGGGAUCUCAUUUGAUAUUCCUGAUAGCCGUCUUAGUACUGACCAAGCAAAGGGAGUUGACAGGAGAAAUGGCUCUCCUCUCAUCAGCAUUGAGUACUCGAGUGGAUGGGACCCCUUAGCUGAUGGUAGGAGCAUUAGUGGCUAUGGUCAGGAAGUAUUUCAGAGCUCUAGGUUUAAUUUGGAUGAGGUGGAGACGGCGACGCAAUACUUUUCAGAGAUGAAUUUGUUGGGUAAGAGUAACUAUUCUGCUACUUAUAGAGGAAUUCUAAGAGAUGGAUCCGUUGUUGCUAUUAAGAGCAUCAGUAAAAGUAGCUGCAAAUCAGAGGAAGCUGAAUUCUUGAAGGGAUUGAAUAUAUUGGCCUCAUUGAAGCAUGAGAAUUUGGUGAGGCUGAGGGGAUUCUGUUGUUCUAGGGGUCGGGCUGAGUGCUUUCUGAUUUAUGAUUUUGUCCCAAAUGGGAAUUUGCUGCGCUAUCUUGAUGUCAAUGACGGUGAUGGUCAUGUACUGGAAUGGUCUGCAAGAGUUUCUAUUGUCAGGGGUGUUGCUAAAGGAAUUGCAUACUUACAUGGCCGUAAAUUAAAUAGAUCUACUCUCUGUCACCAGAACAUUUCAGCAGAGAAGUUGCUUAUUGACCAUCGAUGCAACCCGUUACUCUCAGAUUCUGGCCUGCUCAACCUUCUUACAAAUGACAUAGUCUUCUCAGAAAUCAAAUCCAGUGCUGCAAUGGGUUAUCUAGCUCCCGAGUACACCACUACUGGCCGAUCCACAGAGAAAAGCGACAUUUAUGCAUUUGGCGUGCUCGUUUUCCAAGUCCUUUCAGGGAAGCGAAAAAUCACAAGCUUGGUGAAUCUAGGAGCUGAGGCAUGUUGCUUCCAAGAUUAUAUUGACCCAAACCUCCACGGAAAGUUCUUUGAAUAUGAAACGGCUAAGCUUGCAAGAAUUGCUUGGCUUUGCACUCAUGAGUGUCCUAUUGAAAGACCAUCCAUGGAAGCAGUUGUUCAAGAACUUGGUACCUGUAGUAGCUGCCUCUAAUUUCCACAUCUCUUCAACCAUCACCAGAGCAACUGGUGUUCUGGGGAUGAGCUGCGCAUUAGCCUAUGAAGUCAUUCUUAUUUUGUUAACCCCCAUGUCCUCUUGCUGAGGACUAUGCCUUGUGUGAAUUCUGUUUAACAAUGGUUUCUUGUGGCAUGAAGAUGGAAUACAUGUUGAAUUUUAAUUUGUAACCAUUUCAGUUUAAUGAAAAUAUUGAAUUGGAUUCCAUCCUUCAGGUCUGAGAUGACUUGUCACUUGCUUCUUCUUUUUUCACUUCUAAUAGUCUUUCUGGUUGUUUGUGCUGGUUAGCACUGAUUAUGGUUAAGAAAGG